AUGCCGGAGAUAUUGCGUUUGAUGGAUCUCACGGCCUCAUUCCUCAUGGCCGUUGUGUUUCUUGCAUCCCCGGUGAUGAUUGAUGCCGCACGUUCUCCAGUUGAAAAGCUCAGCGAGGAUCCCAUUAAGUGCACAUCUUGUAUCCAAAAUCCACCGCCUCCACCGUCUCCUCCUCCUCCUUCUUGUCCCUCGCCGCCUCCACCAUCUCCGCCACCUCCUUCUUCACCACCGCCUCCAAAAAUGUCCUACUGCCCACCGCCACCAAAGCAGGAGGUCUACUUUUCGCCGCCGCCACCUCCCCCUUCUUACGUAUACGCGUCUCCACCGGGAGACUUGUACCCCGUUGACCAUGACUUCGGAGGAGCGGCUGCUGGAGAGAUGUUCACCACCGUUAUGCUGAUUGCGCUUCUAGUUAUCGGUUUCAUGGUUCUUUGA